UCAGUUUCAUUCAACUUUCCACAGAUUACAGACCAAAAUUUUUGAUGUUUUUAAAAAAAAAAGAAUAACUUUCUUCAAAGUAUUGCUUGACACAAUAAAAUUGUUUGUAAAAAAAUUAGUUACAAUGCCAGGCAAGAAUUUCUCAGCUGUGCAACGCUUGGCACAAUCGAUCUACACCUCUCCCCGCUACUUUAGUGGCAGAUGCGUCGUGGCCAAGAAUUAUGAUUCGAUUGCCUUGCAUCACAAAUUGAACAAUCGUCGUGUAUGGCCACAGCGAGAGGAAACCUAUGCUGCCAUCCAGCUGAUGAGACAGAACCGGAGCUGGGACAAUGUGAGGAAGUUUGGCAGCGCCAUUAACCACAGCAUGUCGAUGGCCAGAAGAGGCGCAACGCCGCGACGCAACAACAUUCUGACUGCCAAAAAUGCGUCGGCCAAACGCGUUGCGAUGCUACGCGGUGAUGCGGUGAGGAAGCGAGGACCUGUUGCUAUGACUAAACAUGUCCAUAAUCGUGCGGAGGUUGUGAACUCGCUUUCCAAGGAGGCGAGCAUGAAGAAGCCUCAAUCCGAGAAGCGCAAAAAGGAGGAAGAGAAGGAUGACGGUGAUUUCAUGGAUGUGCGAUCCGUGCGUGAAACGCUCUUCGGCAUCCCGGAGACCAAUGAGGAUGACCAGGAUAAGCAACGGGAGGACGAUGCUGAACUACUGAGACGUGUCUCAAGGCAAAGCUUUACGCCUGGUUCCAAGCUGUCGCGGAAGGUGAUUGCUCCAUAUCAAACGUACAAAUCACAUCGUAAUUGCUGGGCCGAAUUUCGCCAUCGAUUGGUCUUUGGUGGAUCGAGCUAUUAUUAAUCCAUUUCUGGAUUGCUCAAUUUUUGUAUAGCGGCCUUUCAUCCAAGUCUUUUUGGUCGUAAAUUUAUACUUGAAUUAUGUUUUAAGUACAUUCAUGGAUUUGCAUGUUUCGCUAAUUGAUUCAAUUAAAAAUUUCUUUCCCAACUUCGGGUCACUUAGCCCAA